AAGAAGUUAACACGCUAGCAUGUUAUGCCCUUCGAUUGUAUCUACCUGACAGAUAUUAUAACCUUUGACAAUAUAUUAUAUUCCUUUGUUGUCAUGUGUCAUUCCAUGUAUACGUGUGAAUGUUGACUUAUUUCCCUGCACUAUUUGUAUGUAAGAGCCUUAAGCAGUCAAAGGGUAAAACAUGAUGAAUGCUCAGCAAUGCACGAUCCAGUAAAGUCCCUAUCCAGCGUCACAUCAAUGCUGUUAAGCCGCGACACACAGCGGUCAUCGCAUGAUAUCACGGCGCAGUAUUUCUAAGGUACAAGGUUACUAAGAAAUCGAUAGUCUACGCUCUGAACGCUGGCAACAACUGCUCCUGAAUUAUGCAAUCGCACGUACCUAACUUACGUAUACAACGCAAAUGGUCCAGAAACGGCAAUGGCGAAUUAUGGUUCAAAUUAUUAAACAUCAAACACAUUAAAGGUCUUUAGGAAAAUUUUUAUUGAUGUCAGCUGGUCUCAUUGAUUAUUAAAAAGCAGCAACAUGCGACUUACUGUAUUGAUCGACUGUAAUCAAUUAAAUAUUUACAAAUGUUUCCAAGAAUGCGCUCGAUCGUUUUCUGUUAUGCAAUGCCAUAAAAUAUAUACCUAGAUAUUAUGUUUCAAUAUUGCAUUGGAAAUCAACUUAAUUCAUCUAGUUUUAAGGAAAACAAAAUUUUUAAAAAUUUCUGUAUUAUCAUCAAUCUUAAAAGUAGUACCUAUGAUGAUCUACUCUUACGAUGAUUACCUCUUAAAAAUCUGCAAUGUCGAGCUUUUCUCAAUUAUCGUCAAAGUACUUCACGUACAUUUCAGUUAACUAAAUGAGAAAAAGAAACGAACUAAUAGGGAAAAGUUUUGAUUGCGUAUAGGCAUAUUGAAUACUUAGUACAUUUACACUUGCAUUGCAAAUAUUUCCGGGCUGUACGAUCAAUUCAGUUACCAGGACAUCCGAAAAAGUUGUUCCCAGAGAUCAGCUAGCAGAAUCACAAGCUUAUCCAGCUGCGUUUGCUUGGCUUUUCAUGUCUGGGGAGCAGUCAGCCAGGUAUACCAUCCACACUCUUGCUACUCGACACUUCCCUCUAUCCUUUUCCUGCUAUUUUCUCUUCCUUCACUUACUAUGCUUCUAGACGUAGAUAGGGUUAGGAAUAUGAGGCUUGCUACAAUAGAUUUUUGAACACAUCAUUUUUCUCAUUAAACAUUGGAUAAAAUUGGUGACAAUAAUUCGAUUGAAAUUAGUAUAACCUUAUAAAAACAAUAAACAAUAUUGCAAUACCAAACGCGGUACAAUUGACUACAAAAUUUAAUAAUGAUCAAUAAAUUUAAUAACAAUUGGGUAAUAAAAACAAAACUAUUAAAUUGAAAAAAAAAACAAAAUUCAAAACUAAACAAUAAACAGCGAUUGCAAUUUAAUUGACGCACAACAUAUUAUCAUACGUCAUUAUACAACACAAACUUGCAAUAUCAGUAGAUUUUUUAAAUAGUCAAGCAAUUCAGUAGUAAGUAAGUAUAGUUCAAUAGUCAAAUAGAAAUAGAUUACAAUUUAGUAUUAUAGACGUAACAAAAUUAUUAAAAGAACGAGAAUAUUGAAGUUGGUAUUAUAUUCCUGUAAGCCAAUAAAAGGAAUGUUACUUCUACUUUGAAGUUAAAUAAGUUGGUAGAAUGACAGCAUAUAGGUUUCAAUAGACUAUAGGAGACCUUACAUGUUGAGAUUGUCUCGUCACAGUCGUAAAAGAUGUCGUGCCCCCAUUGCAUCAUUAGAUUGUAUGGAUGAAUUCAGUGCGAAUUCACAGCAGAUGCUAGAUCAAGUCGGUGACAUCAAUAUGUCGAAACAUGUAUCGGUAUACAUGGGCAACCAUGCCAGCAUGCCCUCCUCCGUCACUCCGGGACUCCGCUACAAAAACUUAGGUAAAUCUGGUCUGCGAGUUCCCAACAUCGGCCUCGGUCUGUGGACAAUGCUGAAUGAAGACAUCGCUGAAGACAUAAUUAUGACUGCACUGGAGAAUGGAAUCAAUCUAUUCGAUCUCUCGGAAGCACAUUACGCAAAAGGUGAAACAGAGCUGGGGAAGAUUUUAAAGAAGCGGAACGUGAGGCGGUCGAGCGUGAUCAUCACUACGAAAAUAUAUUGGAGUACAAAGUCAGAUGAACGAGGUCAAUCGCGUAAGCAUAUCAUAGAAAGCGUCAAAGCUUCAUUGGCGAGACUACAAGUAGACUACAUUGAUGUUGUACUGUUGCAUAAGGUGGACCCAGUUUGUCCUAUGGAAGAAUUAGUACGGGCUAUGAAUUUUGUCAUCAACAAAGGAUAUGUUAUGUACUGGGGUACUGCACGCUGGUCACCAUCAGAGAUAAUGGACGCUUAUUCCAAAUGUCGGGCCUUUAACUGCAUCACACCGGUUGUCGAACAAACUGAAUAUCACAUGUUCUGUCGCGAUAAGGCUGAACUUUAUAUGCCGGAACUGUACCAUAAGAUAGGUGUAGGCACCAUGGCAUGGUCUGCUAUAACCACCGGAAAGGGUUUGAAUCGUGAAGAAGUAACUGGCCUGUUCGCUAAGUCACGUUUCAACCGCAAAUAUAGUACAUUCAGCUGGUGUGAGGAAGAUCUAGCAGUUGCAGAUGCACCGGCUUCCAACAGCAAGGAACAGACGAGCGGAGAGGAGCAACGCACCUAUGGAGACAAAUUGCAAGCUUUGUCCAACCUCGCAAAUAGCCUCAAUUGCUCGAUGAGUCAGUUAGCAGUUGCAUGGUGUCUUAAGAAUGAGAAUGUCAAUUGUCUUCUGCUUGGAGCCACGAGCGUGGAACAGUUCAAAGAGAAUAUACACGCACUACAGAUUGUACCACAACUCAGUCCAGUGGUAAUGGUAGACAUAGAGCGUUUACUGUCAAACAAGCCGCAGAGGCCUCCAAUGGUCUCCACAUUGGCUAUGCGCAACCAGCAGAAUACUAAUGCUGCCAAAACUGAUGCUGCCGGAGCUUCAACAUCUGGAGUAACAACACCCAAACCUGACGCUGAUGUUGAAGCUAAUGUCGCCACACCGGAGAAGGAAGCAGAAAAGACUUGUGAGAUUCAAUGAUCCUGGUGGAAAGGAAGCUCUGACACAGCUUCCAAAUCUAGUAAGUCAAAGGAAUCGCUUCUGAAGGACUCGAAGCCAAAAUUCUUUUUGAACAAUGCCGGCGAAGUUAUUAGGCGUGUAGAACAUGACGGAGUUACCUCGGACACAGUUGUAUCAGUAUCAUCAUUGAAAGGCAAACAGCCAGCAAGUGGUGGGAGUAAAGUAAAGAAAUCCAAAUCUGACUCGUCUCGGUCCCGUUCAGCGUCCUUGCAAAGAUCUUCGUCUGGACAAUUAUCGGGGUCUAGGGAUCGCAAAAUGUCUAGAUUCAAUCUAGGCUCUCCUACUGACGUGUAAACAUUUACGAUAUUAUCAUCUGUGUUGUCGCUUGGCAAAUUAUUAUUAAUAUUAUGUACAUUGGUAUCGAACAUUUGCAAAGUACCUACUAUUAAGAUACGGAAUUGAGUGAGACAAUUGUGUGAAUACAGAGAGUGCCUUUAUCUUAAGAUUUAUUUGUUUUUUAAUAGAUUUCUUCAUUAUAUUUUGAUGUAAAGGUUUAUUUGGAUCAUUUCCAUUCGUUUGUUUUGUAAAUUUAUGACGAAUGCGAAGGUUAAGUCUGUGAUCGCUGAUGAUUGAUUAAUUGUAGCGAUACUAUUGUAGUGUCUAUGUAGAGUAAACCAAUGAAAUUGAAAGUAGAUACAAUGUAUAUAAUUCGGAAUUAUUCUGAGGUUUUAACGUAGUGUAGAGGAGAAAAGCAGAUUGUAAAUAAAACAACUAGAGGUAGCAUCUGUGAAAAUGAUUAAAAUAAGAAUAGGGAGAGCAGUGGUGGCUCAGUGGUGAGACCUCGGACUUCGAAUCGAUAAGUCCG